AUGGCUUACUCCCUAAACACCUCCUAUAUUGGGGAGGAACUGUUGUAUGGGUUCAACUGGCACAAUGGGAUGGAUCUGUCCCAUGGAUUUGUUCAGUACCAAAGUCAGGAAGAUGCCCUUGAUCUUGGUCUCUAUUCGGUCGAGCCUUUCUCGCAAGUCGUCCGCCUAGGGGUUGACGAUACCGAGAAGUACGGACUUAAUGAGGGAAGACCGAGUAUUCGACUCGAGAGUAAGCAGGCCUUUCAUCAUGGUCUCUUCAUCGCCGACUUUCUACACAUGCCGCCGUCAGAAUGUGGUACCUGGCCAGCUUAUUGGGCUUAUGGCCCCAACUGGCCUUCGGGCGGCGAGAUCGACAUCAUUGAAGGCGCCAACCUUGCUUACACCAAUACAAUGUCUGGCCAUACUGCUGAAGGUUGUCAACUAGACCCUGCAGACGAGGACCUCUUUUCAGGCGAACGACGAAAUCUGGACUGCUUUGUCGGCACGGACAACAUUGGAUGCGGCUUCAACCCACCCUCGAGUGACACUUCGUCCUAUGGCGAUGGCUUCAAUGCUGCCAAUGGAGGAGUCUACGCCAUGGAGUGGGACUCUGAGUACAUCAAAAUCUGGCAUUUCCCACGCGGCGCCAUCCCUGCCGAUAUUGAAGCCAAGAGACCUGAUCCCAAGAAAUGGGGACUUCCACAGGCUCUAUUUGGAGGGAGGAAGUGCAAUGUUGACGAUUUUUACCAUGACAUGAACAUUGUUCUCAAUAUUAACUUCUGUGGCGACUAUGGCGAGGGAACUUGGCAGAGUUUUGAGACGUGUAAAGCUCUGGCACCUACCUGUAGAGAAUAUGUCGCCAACAACCCCGAGGCUUUUGAGAACACGUACUGGGAUGUCGCCUAUAUCGAUGUGUACUCACGCGAUGAGACUAUUCCACCAGUUCUUCCUUCCAGCAAAGACUCGUCGGAUGACAUCUCGCCAACUACACCUGUCGCUGCCCCCAGCAACCCCAACGAACCUAACGAACCUGACGAACCCAACCCAAGCGAACCCAAUGGACCUAACCCUAGCGGUCCCGACACGCCUGGUUCGGCCAAUCCCUCUAGCUCAACUCGUCCGACCAGAUUCUCGAACCAGACAAUAUCAGGGGAAUCAACCUCUACCAUGACCAAGACGAUGACGACGCACUCAACUAUCCUGGUUACUAUCCCCGGGCAGGGCACCAGCAGCCCGACUGUCAGCCCUCUCCCUGUGGUAGGCGGCGGUAGCUCAGUCAACCCUGACCGUAUCGGCAACUAUUCAUACAUUGGCUGCUUUGGCUCACGAACUGGUUUCUUAACCUUUGACGAAACGUCCCAGAGCGCUGAUAUGACCAUUCAGAGCUGUGUUCAGGCCUGUGGUGGUACAACAUAUAUCGGCGUCUACGAAGAUACUUGCUACUGCGCCGAUAGACUCGACGCCAAUACUCGUGCUGUCGCCGACGAGAGCGACUGUGAUGUGCCAUGUCCUGGCAAUGACAAGCAGCUCUGUGGUGGCCUUGCUGCUAGAAGCACCAGUAACUCCCGUCGUUGGAUGCCUUCCCGUCGAGAUGCUCCCAGCAGUGUUCUCCUCACCGUCUACGCCUCUCUCGCGGACACGGAGACGCCUGAGCCACCGCCCGGCAUGGGAGCGUCUCGCCCAUCUACGUCUAGUGGCCGAGUUGGUCUGAAUGAUUCUGAUAACCAGACUGGGGAGACUGGUUCUGAUAACCAGCCUACUGCGGCUGUCACUGAUGAUGUGACGGAGGUUGUGGUGGUUACGAAUACCCUCGCUGACUCUACCGUCACUCGUGUCAUCACUCAACUCGGUCCUUCUGAAGUGAUGACUGUUACUCGAGCUAUCGGGAACUUGGCUCAGCCCAACCUCAACACCCGGGUUCAAGUCAUUGUCGAGCCUGAUGCUUCUGGAGCAACCACCCUGACCCGGGCGAUCACUGAGCUCGGUCUCCCUGGAGCGGCCGACUUCCCUACCAACGGCAUCGCCCAGCUCGAGAUUACUAGCGCAACAACAGUCACUCGAGUGAUUGGAGAUCCUAGCCGUUCUGGAAUGGGAGCUGUGUCUCCUGUCAUGGCCGACCUAGACCGUCCCGGUGUCAGAACUACAGUCACGUACUUUACAGUCUUCCCCUCGGAUCCAGCCGCGCUUGUCCCGCAAGAGAGCGUCGUAACCUUAUUGUACGAAGACUGCGAUUGCGAGACACCCAAGUUGAUGGCGCCGCCCAUGGAGACAAAGGUGGUCGAGUGCGAUGGUUGUGGUGCCAAUGGCGAGAGCGCUGUCACCUUGACUGUUCCCAUCACAGUCUCUGUUACUGUGCCGACAAGGGGAGGCAGUACCGGCCAGGCCCAGCCAAAAGGUGGCGAGUCUCAACAAGAUCGGCUUGGAAAUGGAGAAGACAGCCAGGGGGAAUCUCCCCAGAGUCCAUCUGGCCAGGGUCAAUCUGAUCAGAGCCAAUCUAGCCAGGGACAGUCUGGUCAAGGAGAAUUUCCCCAGAUCCAAUCCAAGCAAGGACAGUCUGGUCAAGGACAACCUGAUGGGCAGUCGGAUCAGGACCAAUCUGGUCAACAGCAGCCUGAUCAAGGACAGUCUGGUCAAGAGCAAGUUGUUCACAACCAGCCCCAACCGACCCAGCCUAACCAGGUUCAAGCACCUGAGAUCACCACCGUCCUGACCUCAUACCAGACCAUCCAGGUGGUAACCGAGGAAACCUUGGACAACAAUCUUGUGGUGACGAGGACGAAAAAGCAGACCAUCGUUGUUGUUAUUCGGCCCUCGGACAGUGCCGAUUCACAGAUCGACUCUCCUGGGAACACCAAUAUCAUCCCAGAUGUUGUUCCUGCGCAGCCUACAGGGCCGGAUCAAUCUAUUGUUCCAACAGAACCUGCCAACGCAGCUGCUGCAACACCCAGCGCUGCUGGAACGCCGGGGGCGCCGGAUCAACCCGUGGUUGUUGGUGAGGCGUGGAGCGCGACCAAGGGCCUCAAGACGAGCAUCGUGCUGUCUGUGGUUGUGGCCGUGACAUUCGCAAUAUUGCUGUGA